AUGGGAAAACGGAAGAUCAAUAUUGAGCUGUUAGAAGACAAAAAAAAGAAGAAUGUGACCUUCUCCAAGAGACGCAAGGGUCUCUUCCACAAAGCUUCACAACUGGGGAAUCUCUGCAACGUACAAACUGUAAUUGUGGUCUUUACUCCGGCUGGGAGUCCUUUUAUGUUCACUUCACAUGGUUCAUCUACAGACGUUGUUAUACAACGCUACCUAGAAAAGUCUGAACUAGCUGAAAUUGUGGAGGAGGAUGGUGGGUUUUGGUGGGAUACACUUAUUGAGAAUCUGAAUAUCUUCCAUUAA